GUGUAUGGGCCCCAUGGCUGAUGUCUGGACUUUUCUGACCCAGAGGAUCCAUAGCCAGAGGACCGUAAGGAAGAUUCGUGGGAACCUUUUGUGGUAUCUUCCAGACCCAGCUUCCCACCUGGAUUCCCCGAGCCUUUGUCCUGGCAGCCCUAUCUAGAGCACCUGGAGAGGGGAGGGGGAGGGAGCUUUUGAGUGAAGGCAUCAGGGGGCAGCUUCUGCAGUAGAAUGGGGAGGCUGGUGGGCCUCAGAUGGCCCUCCAGAUGCAAUCUUGCUUAGCAGGUUAGCAGGGUGCCUCCCUUCAUUUCUUGGGAUUUGCGUCCCUCUCCAGUUUGGUCUUUCCCCUGGCCAGAGGUUGUGUCUCUGCUUGCCCUCCUGUGGUCAGCCCUUCUCCAGCCUCCCCCCUUUCUAUAACCCUGCUUUGUUUCUGCCCUUGUCUUGUGUCCCCUGCCCCUCUCCCCCUCAAGCACAUCCCUAUUCAACUCCUUAACCCCCCCCCCAAUUCCUUGCAGGUACAGCCACCAGGAAAGCCCAGAGUAGGCUAGCCGGAGGCGAGAGCUGGAGGCAGCUCUGAUGAGGGUACAGGCAGAGAUCAGAGAAAUGGACCUGAGCCUGGAGCUGGCUGAGCGAGAGGCUGUAGCCCAGGACAUGGCCCAAGAGCUCACCCUGAAGCACAUCCGGGAUGCCCAGGGCAAGGCUUUGCUCCUCCGGGCACGAGCUGCAGCUGCCCGACGGCAACAGCGAGGCCUCAGGGAUCGGACCCAGCGGCUGCAAGGCCAGCUCAGCCAUCUGCAGGACAUGGCAAGGAAAGCAAAAGCAAAUGUAGCCUUUGGGCCUCCCACACCCGUGCUCUUGGGCCUGGAGCCAGAUGUCCUGCAAGAGGUCAUGAGGGUCUGUACGCUGCGUAUCCAGUUCCUCCAGGCUCUGCUGACCCCUCACUCUGAUCCAAGGACUUUGACUACCCAAGACGACUUGUUUGCCACCACCCACCGGCAGUGGUUCAGUGAAAUGGAGGUCCUGAUGGCUUCCUACCCUCCCGCGCACAUCCUGGGGGCCCUGGAGCACCUGGCUUCAAGGCAGAUGGCUGAGCUGCAGACGCUAACUGAGCAGUGGGAUGGGGAGACACGCAGGCUACAACUGGAUAAGGUAUCAGAGUCCCCAGCCCUGCCUUCCCUGACCCACCUUAUCCAGGAGGGUUGGCGGGCUGUAGGGGUGCUGACUUCAAAGCGGGGCCCCCUCCUGCAGCAAGGUCAAGCCCUGGCUGAGAGACUCCAGGGCCUAAUGAAGGAAGUGGCGCAGAGAGUGAUGGGGUCCCAGGAGGCUUGCCAGGCCUUGUCUCUGGGGCUGCAGGUGGCUGCGCUCCAGGCCACCCAUAACUCUCUGAGAACUCAGAGCCAGAGCCUGAAGGAGGAGGCCGAGCGAAGGCAGCAGGAGCUUUGGGAGCUCCAGGCCAAACGGCAGCGCAUUGUGAGCUGGCGGCAGCGAGUGGAGGAGACCCAGGAGCGGAUCCGGGUGCUGAUCAAGGGGAAUUCAGUCAGCAAGAGUCACCUUCAGAAGAGCCCGGGAGAGGUACAGGCUUUGGCCCAAAGGAAAGUGGUUCCGGCUGCGGGAGCUGUGGGGCUGCAGGCCCAGAAUUUGCUGGGCAGGCUGGAGGAAGAAGGCCAGUGGCUGCUGGGCCUGGAGCUCAAUCCCCUGCUGCGGCGCCAUCCAGGAGGGCCACAGCCCCUUCCAGCUGUCCUCCCAUCUGUCUACUCUCUGCAUCCAGCAUGUCCUGGAUCCCAGAACCUCAUCCAUCUGAGCCAGGACCUGGGGCUGCCCUCAGGCAAGGCUCCAGAAUUCCUCCUGCUCCAGGCAGUCUCCCUGCGCCAGGAUUGGCUGUUUCUCCAGGACCAGCUGAGUCACAGGCGUGGUAUGCUGACGCGCCUACAGAGGGAUCUGCCCCCAGGACCGUCCACCCAGGAACUGCUUCAGAUCCAGGAGUCUGAGGAGAAGAAGCAGCAAGAGCAUCUGGGCCCCAUUCUGCAUCGCCUCGAGGAGCUGAUGGAACAAGGACUGGACCGCAUCCCCCAGCUUCUGAAGGCUGUGGGGGACUGGUGGGACCAGCCAGGGCAGAAUGCACUCCCUGGAGAGCUCCAGGACCAGGACGGCCUCUCCCUACAGCAAUGGAAGCUUCGCUGGGCCCGAGCCCAGGGACGGAGAGCAUGAACACUGAGGUUUGGAAUUGGAAGCACGGAGCCAGACAUAGACAUUGACGUGAAUGGAAUUGGUUCCAUCGUUUCACUGUUAAAAUUACAAACUGCCGCUCCCAGUAAAGUGCCUAGAGAUUUCGGGAUCA